AUGGUGACUCGGGUCUACGUUGGCAAUUUGGAUCCGCGCGUCUCCGAGCGGGACCUGGAGGAUGAGUUCGCCCGCUUUGGGUACUUGCGGAACGUCUGGGUGGCUCGCAACCCUCCCGGCUUCGCUUUCCUUGACUACGAUGACAACCGAGACGCAGAUGAGGCCAUCAGGAAGAUGGAUGGCAGCCAUGGCUGGCGUGUGGAAAUCUCCCACAAGGAUGGUCAGUUUGGUUCCCGCUCCCGCAUGCCUCCAAGAGGCAGAGAUGGGAGGGAUAUGGGGUAUGCAAGAGGAAGAGAUUUUAGGUGCUACGAGUGUGGAGACGUAGGCCACCUUGCCCGGGACUGCAGGAUAAGAAGAGCAAGGACACGGAGGUUCACAAGCCGCAGUAUGAGCAGGAGCCGCAGCCGUAGCCCUCGACCCAGGCGUCGAUCUCGCAGCCACAGCGGGAGCUACAGGAGCCGCUCUCCUAGGAGAAGGAGCAGGGGCAGGAGCAGGAGCAGGAGCAGGGGCAGGAGCAGGAGCAGGAGCAUGACACCCGAACGUGGUCGUGCACGCUACCGCAGUGGUAGCGGGGACAGGCGGAGCAGUGGCGACCGAAAUGGCAGCAGGGAUUGGAACACCAGCCGGGAGCGCAAUGGCAGCCGUGGUCGCAAAGGGAGCCCGGGGCGAGACAGUGGCCAGGAGAGAAAUGACAGCCGGGAGCGAAAUGACAGCCGAGAGCAAAAGGACAGCAGGGACCGGAAUGUUAGCAGGGAAAGGAGCGUCAGCAGGGAACGCGGUGGCAGCAAGGAUGGCAGCCGAAGCCCAUAUAAGUCACCUACCCCUCGCAAGAGCCCUUCUCCGGCGAAAAGCAUGAGCACAGCCCCAAGCGCAAGCCCCAGAAAAUAUGCAGAAGAGGCGAAUGACGAGUAG